AUGGCGACAACAACAGGACCAUCGGGCCUUGGCCUCGAAAUCGUUUCCGUUAUCAACAAACUACAGGAUGUUUUCACGGCAGUCGGUUCUUCGGCUGCUCAAAUAGACUUGCCUCAGAUAUGUGUGCUUGGGAGUCAAAGCAGUGGCAAAAGUAGCGUACUAGAGAAUAUCGUUGGAAGAGAUUUCCUGCCUCGUGGUACUGGUAUUGUGACGCGGCGACCCUUGGUCCUACAACUAAUCAAUAGAGCGGCUGGGGGUCAACCCAACGGAGCCCAGGUCAAUGGCACCGACAAGAACAACGACAAAGCAGCGAACGUCGACGAAUGGGGAGAAUUCCUUCACCUUCCAGGAGAGAAGUUCUACGAUUUCAAUAAAAUCCGUGACGAAAUUGUGCGCGAUACGGAGGCUAAGACCGGACGAAACGCUGGAAUCUCCCCCCAACCCAUCAAUCUGCGGAUAUACUCCCCCAAUGUCCUCACUCUUACGCUUGUUGAUCUCCCAGGUCUUACCAAGGUCCCUGUGGGCGACCAACCACGAGACAUCGAGAAGCAGAUCCGUGAUAUGUUGCUCAAGUAUAUCUCCAAACCAGCCUGUAUAAUCCUCGCUGUGACCGCAGCAAACACAGAUUUGGCCAACUCUGAUGGGCUAAAGCUGGCUAGAGAGGUUGAUCCAGAGGGGACACGGACGAUUGGUGUCCUUACAAAGGUUGAUCUAAUGGAUAAAGGGACGGACGUUGUGGAUAUCCUAGCUGGACGCGUCAUCCCUCUUCGCCUCGGUUACGUCCCAGUCGUCAACCGUGGACAACGCGAUAUCGAGAACUCAAAGCCAAUCAGCGCCGCUCUAGACUUCGAACGCGAGUACUUCGAGAACCAUGCUUCCUACAAGGGCAAAGCGCAGUACUGCGGGACGCCGUUCCUCGCUCGUAAACUGAACAUGAUUCUGAUGCAUCACAUCCGCGCGACACUGCCUGAUAUCAAGGCUCGAAUAAGUCAACAGCUCCAGAAAUACAGCGCAGAGCUGCAGCAGCUAGGUGGACCCAUGGGCGAUGGCAACUCAGGAAAUGUCGUUCUUUCAGUCAUAACCGAGUUCACUUCGGAAUUCCGAACGGUUAUUGACGGAAACACUAACGAUCUAUCAUUAAACGAGCUGUCUGGUGGUGCUCGUAUCAGCUUCGUCUUCCAUGAAUUAUUCAACAACGGUAUCAAGAGCAUCGAUCCAUUUGACCAAGUCAAAGAUGGUGACAUCCGUACGAUCUUAUACAAUUCAUCGGGUUCAACUCCGGCAUUAUUUGUUGGCACCACUGCGUUUGAGGUUAUUGUGAAGCAACAGAUCAAGCGGCUGGAAGACCCUAGUUUGAAGUGUUGCCAACUGGUCUAUGACGAACUCAUCCGUAUAUUGGGCCAGCUUCUUGCCAAGAUCCAAGCUUUCAAGCGUUAUCCAGCUCUCCGAGAAAGAUUCAACUCCGUCGUGGUCAACUUCUUCAAGCAGGCCAUGAAUCCAACAACGAAACUAGUAUCGGACAUGUCUUCUAUGCAAGCCUGCUACGUUAACACCACCCAUCCCGAUUUCAUUGGCGGACACAAGGCCAUGGCCCUUGUAACUGAGAGGCUCAACGCGAACAAACCGCCUCCACCUCAAGCUGACCCGAAGACAGGCAAAUUGGCCCCAGGUCAAAUCAACAACAACAAGGAUUUGGACGUCGAGUUCAAGAAAGAGGAAACGAGUUUCUUUGGAUCGUUCUUCGCGAAGCAACCUGUGAAGCGGAAGCAAGGUGCACCUGUUAUGGAGGCUUCCCCAUCCUCAUCUUCAUCUUCCUCGCAUAUGCAGCCCCCGACCGUUAUUAAGCCCCAAGCUGCAUUGAAUGAGCGCGAGACUAUGGAAACGGAGGUCAUCAAGCUUCUCAUUCACUCCUACUUCAAUAUUGUGAAACGCGAGAUGAUUGACAUGGUCCCGAAGGCAAUCACGCUUACCCUCGUCAACUUCUCGAAAGAGAACUUGCAACGAGAGCUAUUGCAAGAACUGUACAAGCCCGAAGUCUUGGACGAUCUUCUGAAGGAAAGUGAGUUCGUUGUGAACAGGCGGAAGGAAGUGGUCUCGAUGGUGCAAGCCCUGAAUAAGGCUGAAGAGAUUGUGGCUGGUGUUUAG